AGCAAUCAUCGGAUAAAUUCGAAGACAAAUAUUUAGUCUUAUGGCGGAGCUCUGAGACAUUGCUAUUUAUUACAACCCUAUUUUUUUAAUGAUGGAGGAAGUUGACAAUAUUAUUAUUCACUCACUGCGGCAAAUCGGCUGUGAUAUCGAUGAUAACAUUACGAAUUUGGGAGGUUUCACCACUGAUUUGGUGGUGGAUGCAACUGUGAGAUGUCUGGAGGUGAUAAGACCUGGGCUGGGGAUCUCCAGGAUUCUUCCAGCAAAUAUGGCUGCGAGGUUCAGGGUUGGAGCUUCCCUAGCACAAGCUUGCUCGGAGUUGGGUUACAGAGGGGAUAUAGGCUACCAGACAUUCCUCUACAGUUCGGAAACCGAUUUACGACGUGUUCUGAUGUUCCUGACUGAGAAACUCCCGAAAGAAACCGACAAAACAUCAACAGAGCCUACAAGUAAGCUGGAGGUGCUGGAGAAAGCUGUGGCCUCAGUUCUGCAGAAGCAGUUAUCAAUGCCCUGGUUACCUCACUACUGCCACAGAUCCAGGAACGAAGGAUACCCUAGCACGCCUUACAGAGCAGUUGACCUCGACCUAGAUAAUCCACACCUAGAGUACCAGGAUUGUGGUGCAUAUCAGCAGUCAGUGCCUGAGUUGGUGGACCAAGAGUGCCUCAUACCCUCCAUAGUAUCAAGAACUUCGAACCUACUUUACUCGCGACCAUCGAACAUAAUAGAACGACUAGAAUGGCUGAAAAAAUUACCAGAGCCCAAUGAAUCCCCCAGCGAUGAGAGAAUAGCCAGCAGAUUCACCUUGAACGAGAGACUUCAGCAUCAGACGUCUAAAAGAAUAGAGGAGACUGAGGAGAUUGAAAGGAGGCCAGAAUUAGCCUCGACCCCUUCAGAGGCAUCAGCCCCAUCCAGAGAGGAGAGAAAAAUGCUAGAGGUGGAGGGACUCAAAGCAGACUGCGAGAAGAUGAGGAUUGAGGUUGAAACAAUGGGAAAUGAUCUGGGAAAAUUGGAGAUUCAGCUGUCUCAGCUGAGGACAAAGAGGCAGGAGGAGGAGAGGGAGCUAGAGGUCAGGGAGGAGCAGAGGAGAAUCAAGGCGAGGACCUAUGAUCUUCUUGAGGAUGGGGAUAACAACGUCGUCAAAUUGGAGGGCGUCAUUGAGGCUGGGAGGAACAAGUUGAUUCAUCUUGCCACCCAGUGGGAGAAGCACAGGGCUCCUUUGAUCAAGCAGUAUAGGGAUGAGAGGGAGAAACACUCGGCCAAGACCAGUACUAGUCAGAAAAAGCUGGAUGAGCUCAGAAUUUUGAGAGAUAAAGAGAGGGAACUCAUGGAGGAGUGUCAUGUGAAGGACCAGCAGUAUGCCCAGCUCAUGGCGGAGGUCCAGAAGCUCCCAAAAGACGUCAACAGGUCUGCCUACACUCAGAGGAUACUUGAGAUAAUUAAUAAUGUGAGAAAGCAGAGGGAUGAGAUUGAUAAGGUGCUGGGGGACACCCGGGAGAUCCAGAAAGAGAUCAAUACUUUGAGUGGAAGGCUCGAGAGGUCUUUCACUGUUGUUGAUGAACUCAUAUUCAGGGAUGCUAAGGGAAAUGAGGCCUCCAGAAGGGCGUAUAAGCUACUUGCCACAUUACAUUCUGAUUGCAGUGAACUUGUUAAACUUGUGGAGGAAACUGGAACUACUUUGAGGGAGAUCAGGGAUUUAGAGGAACAGAUUGAUUCGGAAUCUACGAAAAAUGUUGGAGCUAAUUUGGAACGAAUAACAGCUGAUUUGAAGCAAAUGAGACAAGAGACUGCAUCACUGACAGCACAAAUCGCCAGUAAAAACUCUUGAUUUAUAAAUUAUUUGCAGAUGACACGCUUUGUUUUGAAGGUUUGUGAAAUUAUAAUACUGCUUCAGUGAAUUUAAUUUCUAAGUUGAAAAUUUUAUAGCUUUAAAAAUGAGAUUACACUCGACCUGAACAUUCCCAU